GGUCUUUGCAAGGAAAAAUGUACUGUAGGCUUUUAUGUCAAGUUAGAAAAGACAAACUAUUCCUUCUCUUUUCUGAUAUGAUUGCAUGUUUGUAAUUUUGUAGCAUGUGAUGUCACGAGGGUGUUGGCUUUUAGGAAUUUUGCAGUUGAGAGGGAAGCAGUGGCAGUCUGUAUGCAGUCAGAAUUUUAAGACCUUUCGAUAUGCAUUCAGUUUCUCUUCAGUUAGGUCCUGAACAAGUGUACAGAUGGAUGUUUGUACUUAAUUCUUUAGUAAAGGCUUAGCAUAUGGAACAUGAAACCAAUUUAAGUGGAUACAGUAUAUGAAAGCAAUGUCAAGUCCGUUUGGUUUUUCAAACUCUGUUCCUCUGCCAGGAUAUCCAUUCUAUCAGGUAUCUUACAGUCAUAACCAGCAGACCACCACAUUUAGACAUCCUGUGACAGGGCAGAUUUCUCCAGAAAACAUUGAGUUCCUAUUACGAGAAGAGCAAAAUUCACACAUGUCCAAGCAACAAAUAAACCAAAGACCCUCAAGCAUGGUCAGCGAAACAUCCACUGCAGUAACUGCAUCCACUGUUGAUACAAAACCUGUUCCUAAGGUUGUAAAAUCUGGCAACAAAGUUCACAGUUUUGGAAAGAGGGACCAGUCUAUCCGGAGGAAUCCUAAUGUUCCAGUUGUAGUACGAGGCUGGCUACAUAAACAGGAUAGCUCUGGAAUGAGGUUAUGGAAAAGACGAUGGUUCGUGCUUUCUGAUUAUUGUUUGUUUUACUACAAAGAUAGCAGAGAAGAAACUGUUUUGGGUAGCAUACCGUUGCCUAGUUAUGUCAUAUCUCCCGUUGGACCUGAAGAUCAUAUCCACCGCAAGUUUUCCUUUAAGGCUGUCCACACAGGGAUGAGGGCAUAUAUUUAUAAUAAGAGUUCUGUUAUUGGCUCCCAGGCAGAGCAUUCAGGGAUGCGCACAUAUUACUUCAGUGCAGACACCCAAGAGGAUAUGAAUGGCUGGAUUCGGGCCAUGAAUCAAGCUGCCCUGAUGCAAACCAGAUUUUCAUUAAAGAGAGAAACAGAAAAAAUGGAUCAGCAAGCUGGUCCUCAAACAAACCAUGUGGAUGCCUGUAAAGAGUAUGCAAAAGUGGAGACAUCUGAUAGGAAGGAGAGUUAUCAAAAAACAACUGACACCUUUGGAUAUGAUAAGCAUGAAGAUAUAAGAAAAGACAGGGAAGAUGAGGAAUAUUAUGUCUUUAGAAAGGAAACUUUGGAAGCCAAGAGGGGGAAAGCCAAGCGCCCAGUAACAUCACCAGAAGUUGAUUCAGCAUUUUCAGAUUUUGCAAGCAUAGCUCGGCCUCAAGUAGCUCAGCCUCAGCCAGUUGAGAAGAAUGGGACGCUUCCUAGUUCAUUAAGCACAAGUGCAGGCCCAGUGGAGCAGAAUGGUACCAGCUCAUAUAAAAGAGGGUUUGUUCCCAGAGCCAACCCAGAUAAACAGGCACAAAGGAAAAAUAACCUGGCUCAAGUAGAGCACUGGAUAAAAGUCCAGAAAGGAGACACAAAAAGUCAUGCUUCUGAUCAGACUCUUACUCGUCAAGGUCCCAGUCAAUCUGUGUCCUUUCCUGAAAAUUAUCAUACCUUGCCAAAGAAUACCAGGCAGCCUUCAGGGAGCUCUCCUCCACCAAAUCGUGAUUUGCCAAGUGACUACAAAUAUGCCCAGGACCGGGUUAGCCACUUGAAGAUGUCCCAGGAGGAGAGGAAAGCUAACAAGGAUGGUACUGUAUGGCAGCUAUAUGAGUGGCAACAGAGACAGCAGUUUAAACAUGGCAGUCCUACUGCCCCAAUUUAUGGAGGUUCUUCAGACUUUACUGACCGCAGUAAAUCAAAAAGUUCCCUAGAUGUUCCACGAUCAAUUUCUGUCCCUCCAUCUCCAUCAGAUAUUCCUCCACCAGGACCACCAAAAAAUUUUCCACUAAGGAGACCACAUACUCCUGCAGAAAGGGUUACAGUUAAACCGUCUGAUGAGAGACAGACUGUAGACAUUCCUUUUGCCUGCUCACCAAGGAAGAUCCAUAAUCAUGCUGUGAAGAGUUCUGCACAUAUUGAUAGACGAUCCAUGCCUGCUAUGGGCUAUAUGACCCACACUGUAAGUGCUCCCAGUUUACACGGCAAGUCGGCUGAUGAUACCUACCUCCAGCUGAAGAAAGAUUUGGAAUAUCUGGAUCUAAAGGUGACGGGGUAUGAUACACUAAAAAAACGAAGUACAAAACCUGUCAAGAUUGCAGAAAGUGAUAUUGAUGUCAAGCUAAGCGUUUUCUGUGAACAGGACAGAAUUUUACAGGACUUGGAAGACAAAAUAAGAACUCUUAAGGAAAAUAAAGACCAGUUGGAAUCUGUAUUAGAGGUCUUACAUAGACAGAUGGAGCAGUAUAAAGACCAGCCACAACACACGGAAAAAAUAUCUUACCAGCAGAGACUUUUACAAGAGGAUCUCAUUCAUAUUCGGGCUGAAAUAUCUAAAGUAUCAACCGAAAUGGAAAAUGCCUGGAAUGAAUAUCUGAAAUUGGAAAAGGAUGUGAACCAAUUGAAGCAAGCCUUACAGGAACAGAUGAACAGAUCAUUUUUUACUCAGGAGAAAUCACAAAUGCAAAAAGAUUUAUGGAGAAUUGAAGAUGUUACAGCUGGCCUAAGUGCAAAUAAAACAAACUACAAAAUCAUAGUAGAAUCUAUCAAGAACCCAGAAAGAAAAACAGUGCCUUCAUUUUCUCAGCCUGUAGUGCCUUCGUUACCAACUUCACUCACAACUAUGGAGAACAAAUUCUCUACUCAGCAGAGUCCUCCAUCUAGUCCCAUUAAGUCAUCUCUGGAGGUUAGGCUGUUUCCACAGCCUUAUAUUCAGCCUAGAACACAGUCUCAUCCACAGAUUCUGAAGAAACUUGAACCUCCUCUUCAGUCACCAGUUAAGCUAAAACCAAAGGAAGAUGAAGCACCACCCAGACCUCCUCUCCCUCAGCUGUACAGCCCUGAUGAUCACCCACCAGCUAUUCCACCUCUUCCAAGGGAAGCCUCUGUUAUCAGACACACAUCUGUACGGGGCCUGAAACGUCAGUCAGAUGAAAGAAAGAGAGAUCGAGAACUAGGACAGUGUAUGAAUGGAGAUUAUAGGGUAGAACUUCGUUCGUAUAUGAGUGAACCUGAAUUGGCAACAAUUAGUGGUGAUCUCGGCCAAUCUGCAGUUGGUUUCAUAGGUUCUGACAGUGGAUACCAGACAUUGCCUACCAGAGGAUUAUCUGGAUCAACUUCCAGACUGCACCAAUCAUCCACUGUAUCAUCUUAUGCAACACUUCGAAGAGAUAGCUCCAAGGAAAGACCAAAGAGUGCCUUGGAACGCUUAUACUCUGGAGACCACCAAAGAGGCAGGAUGAGUGCUGAGGAACAACUAGAAAGAAUGAAACGACAUCAAAAGGCAUUAGUUCGUGAACGCAAGAGAACUCUUAGCCAAGGAGAAAGACAGUCUGUUUCAUCUCGGUCUUUCAUCCGACCCAUUUCUGCAGACAUAGGCUCAUGGAAACGAGAGCAAGAAUUUGAUUUGCAGUUACUUGAGAGAACAGUACGUGGAGAAGAAAAGGAUGAAAAUGACUGGCUAAAAAUCCAUCCCACACCAGUCACAGAGAUGGACCUGGAGCCUCAGGAUUAUGAUUUAGAUAUCAGCAGAGAGCUGUCAAAACCAGAAAAGGUUCUGAUUCCUGAGCGCUAUGUUGACCUGGAACCUGAAGAACCACUCACUACAGAAGAACGAGCUGCAAGACAUCGCAAAGCAGAAAAGAUAAAAAAUAUUCUUACCAAAUCCAGCAUGCACAAUCUACAGCCUACUGUUGUCCAGGACAAACACAACUCAGUUGAUUUAGAUUCACAGCUGCAGGAGCAGGAACGCAUCAUUACCAUAUCAUACGCUUUAGCUUCUGAAGCCUCUCAGCGGAGCAAGGAGGUAGCAGCUCAGCAGUUGACCUACCCAUCUAAAGCACUCUCACCUUCUGUACCACAACCACCUCACUCCCCCUUAAGCAAUGGAUUUCACUACACAUUUGUCUAAACACCUUGAAACCAAAGCAGUAACUGAACAGUGACAUCAGAUGCACAACAACCAUUUGAUGACGCAGCAUGAAAGAAGAGACUUCACUAUACCAGCUGCUCUCUGAAGACGUUCAUCAGCUGUUCAUGUUUUUUCAGAAACGAAUUCAGAGAAUAAUAGUGGGAUUUUCUAUGAAAAAUGAGUGAAUUGCAAAACAUUUUAGUUUGACAUUGCUUUAGUUCAGAGAUUUUUUAUGAAUACAUGGCACUUUUAAUACACUCUGUAAAAUACUGACAUUGUAUUUUUAGAACAGAAUAUAUUUUAGAUUUUUUUAAUCAAGGGCUGAGUUCAUUUAUAUAUAUACAUACACACACACACACACACAUAUAAAAAGACCUUGUUCUAUAGUCAUUACAAACUAUUAUUUUACCUUAGAGUUUGGGUGCAUGUUGUAAAGUUCCUUGAUAAAAUAUAAUACUCUUGAAGCACAUAAUGACAUUUUAGUAAAGCUAAUUCAAAUGAGAAAUUAACUGAGUAUUCUCUUUUUGGUAGAAUUGGUCACCCUGUUUUACUCAUAAAAUAGCAAAGGACUCUUAGCUUGAAUUUCUAAAUAUUAGUACCAUCAAGCUGUUGGAAUCCUACCAUAAAGAACAAUAUUAUGGUAUUCAAUUGCUAAAGCCAGUUCACUUCUCAAUUCCUUGUAAUUACCUCACAAAUAACAUUACAUAGUGUGUUAUGUUACCACUGAUUGUAGUGCUAUCCUCCUCAGUAACAAGCAGCUAAUAAAAUAUAUUUUUUUCUUAAUGUAAGAGAAUGAGGAGGAAAAAUAAACUUUUAAUUAAAGUGUAUGAAGUGAGCAAUAAAGUGCUAAUAGAACGUGUUAUUUUACUAGUAAAUAUAUAUAUUUUCUCUCUAGUUGUUUUUCAUUGCAAAGUAAAAUGUGAUGUAUUGACAAGUACUUACCUAGAAGCAGCAAAAAUAAUGUAAAGUGGCACCUGCUUAUUUUGUAUGUAAAUUCAACAGGUGCUUUACUUUGCCAAAACUUUCAAGUACAUUGUUUUACUUGGGUACAAGGCAAGGAGUCAGCCAGUCACCUAGCAAGAAAAUCAGUUUGAAUAAACUUCUGUUGCUUCUGGAAAAAGUGUGUAGACACUUUCAAUGUGAGGCAUGAAUAAUCCUACAGUAUUGUGUAAUCUUUUAAGUAAGGGUCUGGGCCUAAAAAAGAAGUGAUUAAAAAUACUUUGCAGUGUUCUUUGAGACUUUUAAGUUGUGUGUUUUUGCUGCAUUGAAGUAAUGGUUUUAAAAAGACAGACUAGCCUGAGCUUGAAGUUUGUUUAAAUUCAUAAAAUAAUAAAAAUCAUACUGUAUUUUCACUAUGCUAAGAAUUAUUCUUUAUAAAUAUAUUUAGGAAAUGCAGUCUAUUUUAACUCAAUACUGCCAAUGUCAACUUCAUAACAUUUUGCCAAAAUAAAAUGAUUUUAUUUUUGCCUUUAUAAAAAUUUGAAGAGAAAUUAAGUGAAUAUUUUUCAAGAAAACAUUAAUUUAAAGUAAAAUGUAACAGUUUGGAAAAAAUGGUAUAUGUACAGAUUAAAAUAUUAACAAA